AUGUUCCUGGACUAUAGCACCCUUGACGCCGCUUGUUUUCAAUUACCCGACAAGUCGCUGAGAAGAGUCUUCUUGUUAUCGCUGCAUCUACAGGUCGUUGUUGACGCUGAAGUGGAGCCCAUUAUAGUCAACCAUAUCUUCCGGUUAAGCGGCACUUUGGUAUCUUACUCGCCCAGAGAAGUUUGA